AUGCUCAUUACUUUGGAGUCCUUCACUGUUUUCCUGGCCUGUUUUUCAGUUGCUUGUGGCCUCCAGUCUGCGGAGAUACCCCCUGAUACUCCUUUGUCGUCUCUGGUCGCUUCGGCAAAAGCCCAUCUUGCUAGUGGUUCUGCACGCGAUGCUCUACUCUACUUCGAUGCCGCUGUCUCGCGAGAUCCAAGCAACUAUCUCACAAUCUUUCAGCGAGGUGCUGCUUAUCUGUCUCUUGGACGAAAUGCGCAAGCGUUAGACGAUUUUGACCGUGUCCUCCAGCUCAAACCGGACUUUGAAAGCGCACUCCUCCAACGAGCUCGCCUCAGGGCCAAGACUGCUGACUGGGACGGUGCGCUGCAUGACUUUGAAAGAGCUGGCAAGAAGCUUUCGGAGGAGUAUAGAGAAACACAAGAGGCACGCGAUGCCGCCUUCCAAGCGUUCGACGCGGAGAAACGAGGUGCGUGGGACGAUUGUAUAGGCCAAGCCAAUACAGCGAUCUUCAAGGCGAGCACGUCACUGGCUUUACGGCAAACUCGGGCACGUUGUCGCUUUGAGAAGGGUGAAGUGGAAGAAGGAAUCAGCGACCUUGUUCAUGUCCUGCAAUUCUCUCCGGGCUUGAUCGAGCCUCAUUUGCAAAUAUCGGCAAUGUCAUUCUAUGCUCUAGGCGACAGUGAACGGGGCAUAUCGCAAAUUCGCAAAUGUUUGCAUUCGGACCCAGAUUCGAAAGCAUGUGCUCAGCUUUACAAAAAAGAAAGGCAGCUAAUGAAGAGGCUGGAUAAAUUACAAAAAGCGCUGGAUUCACGAAAGUUCAACAACGCUAUCAACCUACUUGUAGGUGUAGGGGAGGAGAAGGGUCUGCUUGAUGAGGUUAAGGAUGACUUCGAGAGUGCGAAAGACGCUGGCCACAUCCAUCCUGCAGCCCCGAGCAAUUUACACUCAUCCUUAGUUGAACAGACGUGCGAAGCCUACCGUGAGGUUAAUAUGCUCAAACGGGCUGCUCCUUACUGCACCGAAAUUCUCCGGCUGAAGCCACAUUCAUUGGCUGCCCUUCUAUUCAAGGGUCAGAUGGCGCUUGACGAGGAGCGUUUCGAGGACGCUAUUCGCACCCUCAACGAAGCCAGAGAACAUCACCCGGGCUCUCAGGAAAUCCAGACGCUUAUGCAGAAAGCACAUGUGUUGUUGAAACGCUCCAAGCAUAAGGACUACUACAAAGUCCUCGGCGUCAGUCGUGACUCAGAUGAGCGCACAAUCAAAAGAGCUUAUCGGCAGUUGACAAAGCAGCAUCACCCUGACAAAGCCGUCUCCCAGGGCGUCUCAAAGGAGGAAGCAGAGAAGAAGAUGGCCGCUAUAAACGAGGCAUACGAAGUUUUGUCGGACCCCGAACUUAGAGCACGGUAUGACAACGGCGACGACCCCAACGACCCCGAGUCUCAGAGGGGAAAUCCCUUCCAGGGAAACCCCUUUGGUGCCGCCGGCGGCCAGCAAUUCUUCUUCCAGCAAGGCGCGCCACAUUUCAAAUUCUCGGGUCAAGGAUUCAACUUUCCCCGAGGCUUUCCAUUCCGUUAG